GUAGUCAAAGCAGCAGCUGCCCCCGGAAAGUCGUUCCAUAUCCGCUCCCAAAUGUAACUGAAAUAUCUCUAUUUUUGAGCUAUUUGGGAAGAACCAAAAGAGCAAAGAUGGUGCGGCAACAUAGGAACGUUUACAUCAGCCUCAAGAACAGGGAGAUCGGAUUUCGAGGUCGAAUACAUGCUAGAAGAAAUACUCUUCCAUAUUUCGCGGAAGAGAUCGCUGCAACGUCUUCGACAGACAACAAAGCUUGCAACUUGCCAGGAACACCUCGCUGUACUUUCCUAGUCUCGUUUAGUCCCGACCACAAGCUGGUAGCCUCUUCUCACGUCGACCAUUGCAUUAACAUUUCACGGUUGUCUACCGGCGAACACAUUCAGACGUUGACUGGUCACCCAAGGAGUCCGUGGUGUGUGACCUUUCACCCUUCGUCGAAUGAAAUCCUUGCAUCGGGAUGUUUGGGCGGGGAGGUGCGAGUAUGGGACUUGCAGGGUAGCAGUGAAGUUUGGCAGUCAGACAAUCAUUCCAUGAUAGCAUCUCUGUCCUUUCAUCCACGGGAUCAGGUUCUGGCAAUUGCAACCAAUGACCAAAUUCUACUCUGGGACUGGCGGCAGCCAGUACCCUUUGCGUCAGUCAUGAUCUCGUCAUCACAAGAGAAAGUCAGACUUGUGAGGUUCAGUCCGCUCGGUCAAAACCUCCUGACUGGAAUUGCGAAUGCUCCUGUUGAUGAGGAACCAGAGCCAGAAAACCUACAACAGAUCGACAGCAGAGAAAGCAGGCAUCGGCUUUAUGGAGUCUCUGACAAUACAACACCAUACCCAAGAACAAUGCGCCUAGACCCUUGUCUCUCUAGAGCUUCUUCCUCGGGCCUCCCUCUGUCCCAAGGUUCUUCUCUGCCUCGGGAGCCAGAGAGACCAAUGUCUCCGAUUCAGAGUGAGACUCUCGAAGAGGCGAGGGAAUACGCUGCGGCUGUAACCCUGACCGCUCUUGGAUUAAGAAGAGUCAACCGUGAGAGCAGCCUCUCAAACAGUUUCUCGUGGUUCCACAGAGGUACUCGGAAUGAUCGAGUCCCACCGCAAGGAAUGUAUUACGGUGAAGAUGAACCAUAUUUAAUGCAUCAGGCAGAUGGUAUAGCUCGCCAAGCAACUAGUAGCAGAAGUGGGAUUGGCUCUCAGAUAAGAGACCAGGGUGAUGGAAGUGAGGAAGCAAGAAUACACAGCGACAAUGUGGGAAGAGUGCAUGGAGAAUGGUCCGACUUGGAAACCUCCGCCGAAAACGGUCAGGGCCAUGGUGAGAGUCGCACUCGUGCUUCACAGGAGGAGUCAGGGAACUUUACAUCCAUGUAUGUGAAUAUGGAUGUCACAGGCGGAGAUGAGAUUAGAGUGGCGAGAACGUCAUCGAAUGUUCCUCAGGAGCACUCUGAUGAGGCAAGGCAGCCUCUGCUACCACAUGUAGGGAGGCUCCAACAACUACCCCCAGCCUCAAAUCAAGAAAGCCCGGAACUAGAAGCUUCAGUGUCAGUGAGCUCGGACAAUGAUCAGGGAAUCUCUGCUCUUACGUCUGAUUCAAGACCUCUUGAUUUAGCCUCAGGGAGCAGGCAUUCAACUGCACCCUCCACAAGCUCACAACAUGUCCUGGAUAGUGAGAGCCAAAACGGCUCAACAAAGGAUUGCCACUCACCGGAAGCAAAGCGUCACUGUCCGAACAUGACUGAGCAAGACCAACCUGCAGGUCCUAGCAAUCUAAUACACCCUACCAUUCAAUCGUCAGGUCCCGCAGGGUCAUCAUCAAGUACAGGCAAUAGAUUGGUCAGGACAAGCCGUCAGAGGUUAUCCUUUUCAGACGCAGAAGUGUCAAGUGGUCUCCAAGACGUUGGCCCGUCGUCAAGUUGUCAUCGAAUAACGUCAAGCGAUGAGCGUACACUGAACAAUGUAAACCAAAGAUCAACUCGCCUCUCGUCGGAGGCUGUGGCGGUAGCGCAGGCCAGUCGCCCUUCUCGAUCUGAUUCAGAACCAACAAGAAGUGGAGGAUCUGCCAACCAGAGAGGUCUGGUCACAACAUCUACAGACUCGGAGUCGGACAUGCAACCGGCUCUCCUCUCAGAAACUCUGUCAUGUCCCCAGGCCGCUGUCGUCCAGCAGAGCGGUGUUGUAAUGCGUGAGCAGCCUCGUGCUUACACAGCCCAUCUUGGAACGAUUCCCCUCACGGCGCCUCCAGACAGCACGUCAGAUACUGAUGCCUCGCCUCAAUCAAGAGCGUCGUCCUCACUGAAUAGUGCUUCUAAUAGAACCAUAUCCUCUAUGUUGAGUACCACGCACUCUGUAAAUAGUACCCCACACUCGGUGAAUAGCACCUCACACUCGGUUAAUAGUACCUCGAUGACUAGUACCUUAAACUUAGUGAACAGUACCUCCGACUCAGUCAGUAGGAGCUCCCACCUUGCCGCUAGCACAGCUCAACCUGCGAGUCGCGCCUCCCACCCAAUAAGUAGCACCUCGCAUUCGAGUGGACUAAAUCUGCCGUCCCCUAGCUCUUCAUCCUUGCGGACAUUGUCGCAUCCCGUCACUAGUAUCAGCACCUCGUACAAUAUCCCGCCUUACGACGCAUCUACAAACCAAAACAGGAAUCCAGUUAGUUCCGAGUUGAACCCUUUAGAUCUAUCUGUAGCUCGAGGUAGCUCUGAGGGGUGUAAUGUACCUCGCUCAAACGCGGACUCCAACUCGCCAAGAAAUCUACCCCGGCAAAAGAACAAUGUAGAAGCACCUCGUGAGGUCAAUGCACAUGUACCUCCUGUGAAUGUUGAGCAGCUUCAAAGCUCUGAAACAUCUGAAAUAGCUAACCACCAAGAGGAGGAGGGCUCCGAUCCCCAGGAUGAGUACCGACCUAGAAAUCUCGCCAGACGGGACGCUAGAUUUUCCGCCAAUAUGUCUGAAGGAGAUUCCCAAAACCCAUUCAGGUUACGGUUCCAAGCGAGUCAGGGAAUGGACCUAUCAAUGCACAAUGCGAGACCGGUUACCAGACCACGUUACGCACCUCGCGCACCAACCUCCCAGGAUAUUGGUUCAAGAGGUCCGGCGUACAUGCAAGAAGGAAGAGAGGAAACCCUUGCCGAACCAAUCUCAGACUCUCUCUCUACUGUAAAUCCGAUGAAUCCGGUUACUCAGUUUGAUGGGUAUUCCCGGUAUCGUCGCUACAACUUGUGGCGGAGUCACCAUGGGUCGAAUCGGCAGCGCUUGCCCCAGGGGGAUGUCGAACUCGGACCACCUGAAUCACAAGGCGUCGCCCAGCCCACAGGACCUCCGGGUGUAGCGUACGGAGCGCGACGUGUCGCCCCUCUCCAUACUCGGAGACAUCUUCACGUCGCUCUCUUGAACGCCCCGUCCCGGCAGCUGAACGAAACGGAGAGGAUGGACAUGCCAGCCAGAGUUCCUAGGAGAAUUCUGAGGCAGUCUCGACAAGGACCGCUACGCUCUCAACUUGGGAGAAACCAGUUCUCAGCACAUCAUCACCAACCAAGAAACAGUAUUUUCGACGAGACAUACCAUCCACCCCCUCCUGUAGUCCAUGCAGCUAUCAACAGAACCAUCGCCAGUGCGUUUGCCGGUCGCGGGGAGACAGCUGUGGCCAACAAUAUUGGAAGUACCACCUUCAGGUUACAGUGGUGGGACUUCUCAGAGUUUGAACUCCCAGAUAUUAAUGACGCCGAUCAUAACGUUAUCGUACCCCACUGCAAGCUCUACAACGACGCAAGCUGCGAUAUCUCCCAAGACAGCCGUUACCUAGCAACCUUCGUCCCGAGUCCUCUCGGUUUUCCUGACGACGGAGUUCUUGCCAUAUACUCCCUCAUGCCUCAUAACUUUGGGGACGUGCUCCACACAAAAAGCUUUGGUCCCAAUGCCAUCACAGUAUCUAUAUCUCCUUUGAGUGGUUUCGUGAUGGUCGGUCUGGCAUCCCGUAAACUACACCUUCAUAUGUCAUCUAAACAGCUUAUUGGUAUGAUCUAUAAACUCCACAAGGAAGGAGCAGGAGAGGAGUCCUUACUUCACGUCUGCGACGUCGAUCAUACAUGCAGCGAGACCGAACGACGUCAUCACGUCAGUGUAAAUACAGUGAAAUGGAUCCCUCAACCCGGUAGAGGGCUGGUGUAUGGAACCAACAGAGGAGACCUGCGGAUUUGCUCCCCAUCGAGUUUCACAUCACCAGAUGACUUCUCCGCCGACCAAAGCUACCAGCUUGACUCCCUAUCCCAUGAUGACUACCCAAGGCAUGAUCUGGUCCAUCGACGACGCAGCUACAUGUACAUGUAUCAAGAGCUCGGACUUAGAGGUCUCGGCCUUCACCCACCGACCUCCUCCUCCUCCUCACCAUCAUCUGCUGCACCGGAGAGACGGGCUAGAGGAACGCAGACACCACAGAGGGCGCUGUUCAGCACCGCUACGCAGACGGACGAUCAAGGAUCACCAUGAAGGGAAGGGUGACUUGUCAAAAAAAAAAUGUCAAACACAAAAGUAUGCUUAAAGGCACUGGACACCUUUGGUCGAUAGUGUAUGCCACUAACUGAGUCACAGCAUCCUCAUGUGUUACAAGAACAAAAUCCAAACAUAAGGAGAAAUGAACGGAAUUGGCUUGAUGGCCAGUCUAAUCCUAGACUUGAUUCAGUCGAUUGAGUGUCUGCCGCUAACUGAGUCACAACAUCCUCAUGCGACACAAGAACUAAAUCCACACACAAGGAGAAAUAAACAGUAAAUGACUUAAUGGCCAGUCUAAUCCAAGACUUGAUUCAGUUGAUAGAGUGUCUGCCGCUAAGUGAGUCACAGCAUACUCAUGUGGUACAAUAACUAAAUACACACACACAAGGAGAAAAAAAAGAGUAAAUGGCUUGAUGGCCAGUCUAAUCCUAGACUUGAUUCAGUUGAUAGAGUGUCUGCCGCUAACUGAGUCACAGCAUACUCAUGUGGUACAAUAACUAAAUACACACACACAAGGAGAAAAAAGGAGUAAAUGACUUGAUGGCCAGUCUAGUCCUAGACUUGAUUGAGUCUGUAGAGUGUCUGCUACAGCUGUUUCAUAACAUACAUGUACCCAUGCGAUGCAAGAACCAAAUCCAUUUACACAAGGAGUAAUGAACAGUAAAUGACUUGAUGGCCAGUCUAAUAAUUUGAACCUUAAAAGUUAUUCUUUCUCAUUUAAAUUCUGGUCUUGUUAAAGCAAAUGCUAAGCAUAAUUGGUAACCAGCAUAAAUUACCAUGUUAUGUAAACAGCUGGCGACUGGUGCCCUGAUUUUUCCUUGAUGACGAGAAGUAUUAAUGUUGAAAGAAAGCUGCUGAGGAGAAGACGUUUACAGAGGCCCGGCAAAAAAGUAAAUUUUAUCACAUUUUAGUUAGUAACCUUGUUACUGUGCUCAUUAAUGCAAAUCUAAGAAUUCAUGGAUAGAUUGUAUUUAGCUGUCAAAUUAUGUGUGUAUCCUGCCGGCAAAGCAAGCCGAAGGGGCAUAUUAUAGUCUGCCUUGUUUUGAUCAUUUUUUAAGGACAAAUUUUGUUGUCGGUGGUGUUUUUUGGGCGGUGGAUUUUACACUUAAUGUGUUUUUUUUUCCUGUGCUGACAGUAACCACUAUGAUAUUAAGUUAGAAAGAUAACAAAGAUGUAUGGUUAAAGAAGUAUCAAUGUUUACAAAAAAAAAGAGAAUUUUGCAUCAGUGAAAUUUCCUGAGCGUGAUGCUUACUUAAAGUAAAACUAAACUUAAAGAAACAAAGCAAUAUUUGUUAAAUAUUAAUGCAAACCAUAUUUUAAUUUUUUCUAGUAAAAGAAACCGAUGAAAUAAGUUUUUGGUGUGUAUUGUAUGUAAAAUUGGUGCUUUUAGGCUUAUGUUUUUUUCUCUUUCAAUUGUUACAAAAUGUAGCAGAAAUAUUAGUUUUAAUUUUUAUCCCUGCAUGAA